CUUUCUUUCCUUUAUUCAACUUCUACAUCAUGUUCUUUGAAACUUUACCUAACGAAAUACUAAUUCAAGUAUUUGGCUUACUACACAGAAAUGAUGUUCAUUCAUUGAUGCACGUUUGUAAACAGUGGCAUAUGGCCGCAUUGUUGCUCUAUUUUCAAAAGAUACGGGUCAUAGAAAAACACAUCAAAGCGGAUAGCCUUUUCAUAAAUGGAAAUUUUACUCAAGAGCUUACUAUCUACAGCGGUCAUACUACAAAGAAUCCUCUUCGUGAAAAAGAAUCAGAUAAAUCAACCUUUUUAAAAUUAUUGUCAUGCCUUCCGAAUUUAGAAAAGAUUGAUAUUCAAUCUCGUACCUUGCCAAACCAGUACAUGUCUUUUUUAAGGGAGCUCAUAAACACAGACACAUAUACACAACGUAUUGAAGAGAUUUCUUUUUACUCACACUGUCCAGAGGAGCGCGUGUCCCACUUUCUUUCCUGUUACAAUUUUCGUAAAUCAAUCAGACGACUUGAAACUCAAGUAAGCAGUGACCGUUUGAUAUCAACUACAUCAAAAAGCUUAAGUUAUUUUCUGCCUCAAUUCACGUAUUUGACUCAAUUGACUUACAGCUGUUCGCAAGAAGAUGAUGUGACAUUGUUUGAUAUUUUACUUUGCUGUGAAAAUAUAGAAGACUUCAAAUAUAGCAGUCGGUACCCGAUCCCUUCCCGAGCAAGCAGUCAAGUUGGAACUACACGUAAUAAGCACCUGAAACGACUAACAAUUUCUUCUCCAAUUGGUACAUCUGCAUACAUUAAUUAUGUUCGAACUAUGCAGCCUUUGGAUUACUUGAACCUAACUAUUGAAAGAGACGGAUAUGAAAUAUUCCAGGUGAUUGAACCGUUUGCUGAUGUGUUUCAAAAAUUCAAGGAAUUUAAAAUCGAUUUUAAUGGUGGUGAAUAUUCAUCGAUUCCGUCGUCAUUCACGAGUUCAUUUUACAGUGUUUUAUGCAAGCUAAAAUGUGACAGACGUAUACUAUAUGAUGCCACAUUUACAUCUUCCGAAUGUACUUCUGACGACAUUCUCGUUGUACGUGAUGAUGAACUAAGUUUUCGAUAUAUCAUGAGGGAAUACGAUAGCAGCUCUUUUGUGGAGAAGCAUGACAUUAUUGACAGACAACAAAUUGUAAAAAGCCUAACAUUUACAGAAAUUCGAUCCUCUCUCUCAGAUAUUUUGAACUAUUCAAAAACGUUUCCUCAACUUGAAACUCUAUAUAUCCAGCUAUUGUUUCUACAUGUAAAAAUCAGUAGAUUAGAUGUCACUAUUAGUUGUUUAAACACUUGGAGCGACCUAUUGAAUCAAAUACACAACUAUUUACCUAAUGCCGAAACAAUUACUUUUGGGCGGAAAAAUAUAUUCAGUGGUAGAAAACUUGAUGUAACAUGUGAUCUUACUGUUUUUGAAAGUCUCAAAGCAUUCAAUCUUCACGUCGACCCAAUAAAAAUGAAACGUUAUGAUUUCAUAUUCUUCAAGUUCGAUUAUGGAGAUUUUCACUGCUACAAAAGAAUGUUUUUGAAUAGUGAUGAUAAAAAAGACAUCUCAGUCACUGUCAGCUCAUCUUCAAAACUUGGUAGCGUCAUUUUUAUUGCUACCAUCAAGGUUCAUAGUCGGUUAGUCGAGAUAAAUUGUGUCCCGAAUAGUCUAUAUACAAUAAAACCUGUAGCGUAUUCGUAAAAAAGCAAAUUCGAUAGAUUUGUUAAUUUCAAUAAAAAAAAUGUUAUCUAAUACCUAGCUAAUCCAUUUUUUGUGGUGCUUUUUUACGGG